AUGCAAGUCGGAGCUUGGAGCUGGAGCGGUGGCGAUGGGGUUGACGCGGGCCAACGUUCAGACUCGGUCGAGACAAAGCCGCGGCCGUCACGGGGGCCCCCGGCAUCAGAAAGAAACAGCCAUUCGCAGGAGGGAGAAAUGGCGAGGAUCGCUUCAGGAACACCACCGGAACCGGCAGUGUUCGGACCGCCCCAAAACCCAAACCUUGCCGGUCAAGACGACGGCGCUGGGGGCGCGGAGAAGGGAUUUUUCUGUCGGGUGUGCGGGGAGCGCGUGACGUCGCUCUCCGAGGAGAAGCACAACACCUCGACGCUGCACAUUUUCAACCAGCAACACAGGCCACAGGGGAGGAAGGUGCAAAUCCACGAAAGCAACAAGGGUUUCCAGCUGCUCGCGGGCAUGGGCUGGAAGCUUGACGAGGGCCUCGGUUCCCGGAAGCAGGGCCGCGUGAACCCCCUACAGACCACGUUCAAGCGGGACACGACCGGCCUGGGGGCCGGCGGAAAGCUUCGCCCCCGCGUCACCCACUUCCCUUCGCACUUCCCGUCCCAGGCGCUCAACGCUCCGGACGGGAAGAGCGACGCGGUAAGGGCGCACGAGAGGCUCGACCGGGGACGGCUCGGCGGCUGCGGAGGCAGACGGCGGCGCGCCCGGGAUGGUGGUGGGUGUAGUGGCAACCGGUUUGACGCUUCAGGCGAAUCGAGCGGCGUUAACGCCGAACCCUCUGCGAGGGGAGGAGGGGGAGGACCUGCGGGCGACUCAUGGGGCGGGUUUUGGGGGCAGGGAACACAUUCAGGCAGUGGCAGCGGUGACAGCGGCGGCGGCGGCGGCGGCGGAUGCCGUUCUACGGGUGAAGGCAUUGCUAGCUCGGGGGGGGCAGGGCGAAGAGAAGGGAGAGGCAAGAGUGGACACGAGACGGGCUCUUUCCUGACUAGGAGGGAACGCGAGGCGGAGUCGGAGCGGGAGAGACAGAAAGAGCGCAGGACGAGGUUCGAACUCCUUUCUGACGUGCCGGAAGAAUACGCCGCCCUUUUCACGGGCUGAGGAUCGAAGUACUUCCAACUGGUCUACAACUCGCUGCAGCUGCUGCAGCUGGUUACUGCUGGUCUUGUAUGGAUACGCACUAAACGGCCGAGAUUUGGCCGUCUAGGUUGGGCUUGGUGGUGUAUGCUGAGAAGUUCGAGGUGCUGCGGUUGCUGCUACCUUAACUAGACUGCAUCAAGUCGACCAUUCUGGCCAUCUUGGCUACUACUGUGAAAGGGCGAUGGACCAGAGAGCCUGACUUAUCACGGAUAUGCCUGUUGAUGCGUUGGUGCUGUGAUUGUUUGGGAGCAAAAUGUUCAUCAGGUCGUUGAAGUUCGUACUCGCAUUUGCGUCCCUUUGCCCGCGGAUAGGGAUACGUCCUGGACCCCCGCUUCUUCUCUUACUGUGUCGAUAGCAUGCGUUUCUAAACACCUAAGACUAUGCUGAUAAGCCUUCAGCCCAUCAGGCUCUAUGCUGCUUGAACGUCCAGGAAAAGCGGUCUCCUUUGAGACGAUUCAUGGGAUAGAUGUUGGUGUGCGUGAGUUGUGAGACUGUCGGCACUGCGAGUGCUGGAAGUCCUUCCACCAAGAAGGGCGUGUGCAGUGCGUGCCUCGCUCCCAGUGGUCCAGCCACCUAGACUACUAGACUACUGUCUGUUUAGUGCAGCAACGAAGAGUAGUUGCUUGGGAACAUGGAGUUGGAGAAGCGGUGAACGGACCACGUACAGAUGAUCUGGCGCUCCGAUAUGGAGCAGGGGUGGUCAGUUCCUCACCGCAUCCAGAACCCAGCACGCAACAAGAUACAUACGCAGUCUUCACAUGGUUGUGCCCUACGUCGCUUGGCGAGCUAUGGUCUAGACUACUCAUCAUUCAUCGAUUCUCCUU